CCAUAAUUACCAAUAUCCAACAUAAUACCCCAAUAUACAAUUGAAUAGGAAUCCUCUCUCUCCCUUUUCCAUCGAGUAUCCAAUUCCUCUCCAAGAACUCCUAUCGUCAACGACUGUCCCCAGCAAAACAUACCAUCCACCAUGACGACCUUCCUCUCCCCUCUCUUCCACCGAUCACUCUUCUACGCCUCAAUCCCCGUAGGCGUUGGCCUCUCCCUACUCCAUCCGUCCUCUCCUUUCUGCGCCGCCCCGAUUCAAUGCCAAUACGUCGCGCCCUAUCGCAGCCCUCAUGCCUCCCCGGACUCCGGCUGGGCCCUUGAUCCCAACACCGACCCAUUGCUCCAGAAGCAAGGCAAGACGGGGCCGCGCAACAGUAAUGGCUGGUUGAACGCGUCGACGCUACGACAGCUCAGUCUGGGUAGUGUGCUGGGCGUGUUGGCCGGGUUGGGAUUGAGGAUCUUUUCCAAGGCGUUGGUUGUGCUGUUGGGUGUGGGUGUAGUCGUUGUGGAGUGGGCCGCUUCCAAAGGAUACAAUCUGAUCCCUGUCCAUCGACUCCAGAAGUAUGUCAAGGGCGUCGAUCUCGAACGUGCUGUCCACCAGAAUGUCGCGUUCAAGAUCAGUUUUGGUGCCACCAUGGCUUUGGCUGCUUUUUCAAAGCUGCAGUGAAAGUGCUAGUGCUGUAUUCUGUUUUGCUGUUGGUGGAAGAGAAAGAGGACCAUGAUCGGAUCUAUAUGUGGAGUUUGUACUGUACAGAACCAAAUAAAUGAAUGAGGGGAGGGGCAUGGAGUCGAAAGGAAGCAUUUUGAUAUAG